UCCAUUUCCGUAUUUCUACGACUAAAGCAAACAGCCUUCUUCAUGGCUCAAAUGAUUAUGUCCAUAACGCCAAAAUGAGCAAGAUAUUAACGGACCAUGGUUUCCUUUCCCUUUCUUCUCUCCGUCUUAUCGUCCCCCCGCUGCAGCUUGUGUCUGUAGCUCUGUGGGAGAUAGUGAAGCAGGGGGCUAUGAUGUACUACGGUCUGCUGGAGGAGUUCGUUACUACAGUAUUGGAUACAGUCCCUGAACUGCUCACUUACACAGAAAGAGCCCAACUAGUUAUGGGCCUACGUGCAAAGGUGGUGCUAGAGUUGUGCCGCAACGAUGAUUUUGCCAGCCUACAGGCCAUCCAGCCUCAUCUGAGCAGAUUAAAGACCUACAUCACAAACCAAGAUAAAGAGACUUCCAGCUCUGAGGUAAAAGCAUCAGUGACAAACUUCCUGAAGCUUGUUCACACUCUAUUGGAUGAUACAUGCCAGAGGGAUAUCUUUUAUCAGAAAACCUUCCCAACAGUGUUCGGCCCUGAAUAUGACUCAGCGCUACAGGCUCUAAUGAGAAAAUUCCUCUUCAAUCUGCAGAAGCUGCUGCCUGUUCCAAAUCUUGAACAAACUUCCCUUUGGUUCAGUCUCUCCCCUUCUAUCUUGAAAGAGUGUGUGGACUUCAUGAAUCAACCGGAGCCCCUGCAUACACUCAUUCAGCAUCACAAACAGCAUGGCCACAAAGUUCCACAAGCUUCGUCUUCCUCAGGUGAUGAUUGCAUACUUUCCAGCUUGUCCUAUCACCUACCAAACGUGGACAUUGAGGAAAGAGGCGCACUAAAGGAUGAAGGAGGCGCACUAAAGGAUGAAAAAGAAAACUUUAAGGAGACAAAUUCCAAAUUGAAGAGGGAUGUCGAAAGAGAUGCACGGCAGCAUGUUGAUGAUCUGACUGAAGACCAAGGAGCCUCUGUUGAAGUCAUACUUCAACCUUCUGAUGAAAGUGAGUCUAAUGAUAAUGACGAUGUGGGCAAAAAAGGAUUCCGGCAUUUAAAAACUGCCAGUAGCACAUCCUCAAAAACCUUCAAUUGUCUUGUUUGUGGCCAAGAUUUUGAUUCUCCUAGCAAACUGAAAAAGCACCAGAUUACCCAAAGUGGUUGCUGUUCAAAAACAGUGGGUCCGUCAAAUUCUGCUGACCAAAAUAGGUUUUUGGAGAAGCUGAAUUUACAUCCUAAACCAAAGACUUGUGUUGAGAAUAAAACUUCCACAAGUGAGAACAAGCUUUCAUCUACACUCGACCCAUCAAAUCUGAAUAGUCUUGCGAACUUUGAGCAAUCUAAUGACGAUGACGCUAGACUUGUUUGUCAUGUUUGUGACAAGGUUUUCACUUACCCAAAGAGUUUUGACAGACACCAGAGGAAUUGUGUGGUUAGCAGGAAACGACAAGCGGAGACAGACACGCAAUGUUCCACAAGCCUACCUCGUCCCUCCAAAGCAAACCCUGUUGUUAAGACCAAAGACUCUUCGCCUAGUGAAACUGAAGCUGGGCUUUCAAAUGUUGUACCCCACGAAUCAACAUCUUCUGACUCGAAAAUGAAAAGAAGCAGUCGUGUCAAACAAUGCUCUGUAUGCGGGAAAACAUUUACUUGGUGUGCUGACUUGACGAGGCACAUGAGAAGCCACACUGAGCUAAAGGAUGACAAAGAAAACUUUAAGGAGACGAAUUCCAAAUUGAAGAGGGAUGUCGAAAGAGAUGCACGGCAGCAUGUUGAUGAUCUAACUGAAGACCAAGGAGCCUCUGUUGAAGUCAUACUUCAACCUUCUGAUGAAAGUGAGUCUAAUGAUAAUGACGAUGUGGGCAAAAAAGGGUUCCGGCAUUUAAAAACUGCCAGUAGCACAUCCUCAAAAACCUUCAAUUGUCUUGUUUGUGGCCAAGAUUUUGAUUCUCCUAGCAAACUGAAAAAGCACCAGAUUACCCAAAGUGGUUGCUGUUCAAAAACAGUGGGUCCGUCAAAUUCUGCUGACCAAAAUAGGUUUUUGGAGAAUCUGAAUUUACAUCCUAAACCAAAGACUUGUGUUGAGAAUAAAACUUCCACAAGUGAGAACGAGCUUUCAUCUACACGCGACCCAUCAAAUCUGAAUAGUCUUGCGAACUUUGAGCAAUCUAAUGACGAUGACGCUAGACUUGUUUGUCAUGUUUGUGACAAGGUUUUCACUUAUCCAAAGAGUUUUGACAGACACCAGAGGAAUUGUGUGGUUAGCAGGAAACGACAAGCAGAGACAGACAUGCAAUGUUCCACAAGCCUACCUCGUCCCUCCAAAGCAAACCCUGUUGUUAAGACCAAAGACUCUUCGCCUAGUGAAACUGAAGCUGGGCUUUCAAAUGUUGUACCCCACGAAUCAACAUCUUCUGACUCGAAAAUGAAAAGAAGCAGUCGUGUCAAACAAUGCUCUGUAUGCGGGAAAACAUUUACUUGGUGUGCUGACUUGACGAGGCACAUGAGAAGCCACACUGAACAGUACUCUUGUGCUCAUUGUGGGAAAGACUUUGACAGCUAUGAAGACUGCGAGUCGCACCAGGAAGAAAAAUGCAGAGUUUCAAACCAGUGUUCUCAGGACAAUUCUGCGAGCAACGCAAAUAUAAGGAAUCAGGAGAAUAUAGUUGCUUCAAGCAGUAUUACUCAGAUCCCGUCAAUUUCCAAUGCGUCUGCCAACUCGCAGGCUAAGUCACCUCUGACAUGUCAGGAAUGUGGCCAGGGUUUUACUUACAGCAAGAGUUUUGAGAAGCACAAGAGCAAAUGUUCCCAAAGAGCUCCGAAAAAAAGAAAAGAAAGGGCAAACGAAAACAAUUUUGUUAUCAAUGCUCGUCAUUUGCGAUCAGCUGAAAACACCAACGCUAAGGCAAGUUCUGAAAUUAAGGAAAGUGAAAGUGCAAAAAGUCCAACCUCCGCGGACAAUGCAGAUGGCCCCCAGACUAAAUCUCGCAGCAUCAAGUGCACCCUGUGUGAGAAUAAGUUUUCCGAAAUUGUUCUCAUGAAAAGACAUUAUUUCACGUCACAUAAAGUCAGAACUGGUUCUACAUCAGCAAAUCAAAAGCUUGUGCCAGUGCUCUGCCUGCAACAACUGUUACACAAGGCCAGCUCUACUAAAUGAUCAUCAAAAAGUGCAUACUACAAGUGUGACACCACACGUUUCAAGCUUCACAUUUCCCGCUUAUCUUAUUCUGCACCAGAGCCAACAGCAACCUAGUGUUUGUUCCAAAAAACAUACCUUAAAUGGCAUCUGUAUAAACACAGACACAUACAGAGGAAAAGCCGUUCAAGUGCGAGGACUGCGGUGUGUGUGUGUGUGUGUGUGU